UUGCACAUGAACAGUGAACUUUAAUGAAUCUUCCUCUUUCAACAUCCAUAAUUAUGAACCUGUGCAUUCCGAUUCGAGCACAAACAUUGACCUAAGGUGUGGCUUGGCCGAUACUUAACAAGUUGGGCAUCUACGAGGUCCCAGCUGCCCUUCAUGGGGCGAGCAACUCUUUCUUCAUGCAUAAUUCGCAUGUGUGGAUAGGGCAAUAAUAAGACAAUAACAACCAUCCAUAUAUUCCCAACCAUAUAUAUUGGUCUAUUGGUCAUGGAUGCAUUCCUAGCCAAAUUAUCUUACCACGCCACCAACUACGCAAUCAGAUCUUGUCUUGCUCUUACCUCCACUUAUGUCAUUCAGCAAGGUUCGAGGUUACUCAAGACAGUCGACGAUGACCCCUUACGUACCGAGCUAAGCCACCUGCAAAGACGGUUGGCUCGCAAGAUCGAGCUCGUCUCUCCUAUAUUAGAGUCCAUCGAGUUCCGUUACACGCGAGGGAACUCAGCUCUAGAGGCCGUGGUACGAACAGCACAGGAACUACGGACCGAUGUCGAUUCUCUCGGUAAACGCCUUGAAAAUGCCGCCUUAGCAGAUGAAUCACGGCAAAAUGGGGCAGCCAAGAACUCUACCGCCGCUGCUCUGCGGCGAAUCGAAAUUCAAAGCAUUAUCACGGAUAUCAAGCAGCUAAUUGUAGACAUUGAUGAUUCUAUACCACUCAUCAACCUCUGGGUUUCCGCGAUUGGGGGCAUACAAACCCAGCCUUCGGCUUUCUCACCGUCCCGCCUAUUGCAGGCUAGCAUGCUAGUGAACGUUGGAGAUACUCAAUAUAUCCUCAAUUCUGGUACGCCUAUGCAGAUUGGUCCGGACUUUGUGCUGUCUAUUUACAUGCUCUUUCGGGCCCAUACUUCUCGUGAGGAUCCCAGGGAACCAUACGGCUUAGAAGAUGAUCAACGCAAGCCACUAUGGCAGGAGGUAAUUCACAAGGCACGAGUCCGGCUCCGUCGAGUGCCAUUUGAGGAUGAAUUCGGUGAUAUGAACGGUUUAGGAAACAACGCCUCAUAUGCGAGUUACGCGUACCAACUUCAGAUUGUGGAAGAUUUAGAUGAUGGGAGAGUUCACACAGUCGAAGAUGGUGAUGAUCAACCAAGUUCCUAUGAUGGCGUCCGUACAGCCGGAAUUCGGGAAUUUGUCCCUGUCCACCAAAUAUCAAAGAUGUUCUACGCAGACGUUGGAAGGAUACUGAAUAUUAACAAUGACGACGGUGCCUCAAGCAAUCCAGUACUUCUGCUCAAGAGGGAUACCAAAGCUCUACAUGUAAACAAGGAGAUACCAACAAUCACACAUCAGAUGGCCCAAACAGGGUUGAUUCAAGACGUUGACGAAAGCGCCACAUCUAAUGGCACGUUGGAAGCUGGUUCGCAUGAUGACGCUAAUGACCAACUUCAACUCCAGCUCCAACUCGAAAGCGAGAACACCCGGCCAACAAAAAGUCCUAGCCCUUUAAAAUUUCCUCAAGACCUGGAUCCAGAGUGGCUAGCCCUCGAAGUUUUUGACAUUAACGACGACGGCACAGAAGACACAGAAGACGAGGACGAACCUACACCGGAAGAGGAGAACCAAGAUACACCAUCUAAAAACGAAGCUACCCAAGACUCACCGCGUCCCCGUCGCAUCAAACACGACUCCCGCCAUUCCGCGGACUCAAACUUAGUAUCGCAACUAAGCCGGAUGAGCCUAGCCUCCUCGCGCCCUUCGUCCCGAAACUCCGGGGCACUGGUACCUGAUUCCGGAACCUUGGACGAGGACCUACUCGAGCGCUCCCCCUUCGGCGCUAUCCAAACCUCACUCUCCCUACUUGAGAUGUUGCUACGCCUAACUAGCCUACAAGAGUUCGAACAAACCACGCACUUGGCGAUCCCCGACCACGUUCUACGGUUCUACCUGGACGAAUCAACGUCACGAGCUGAUGCCGAUGCUCCCGUUCAUCGCGGAGUUGGUGGGGGUCGGAGUUAGGAUUAUGGUGAUAGUUAAUACUUAAUGGGAGACUGUGGAAAUUGGCCUUGGAUCGAGUUUGUGUUGAUUAGGUAGAUAUCCAAUCAAAGUGAGUCGAGGCUGUACUGUAAAUGGCGUGGGUGCUACGGUUUGUACACGGCUUCAGGAGGGAUCGCGGACUAGUCUGAGACUGUAUCAAGAUUGUAUGACGUACCUACGGCCUGUCAAGUAUAGAAAAACAAAUAAAUUCCGAAUAGGU